GUAAUUACCAACUUUUCCACUUCCGCAGUAACUACCCACAAAUCUUCCCUCAAUCUCUACAUUUCUUCCCCAAAUUAAAUCUCCACAUCUAGAGAUCUAGAAUUCUCUCGUCUUCUUCACUGUGAUCUUCCUCUCUUCCCCAAAAGAAACGCGGCCAACAAAUUAAAAUCGGUCAUCCCCUCAGAAGUCGACACGCGGCUACAACGACUUCAUCACUUCCAAGAACUUGAACGAUUGCGUUCAGGGCUCAAAGAAUUGGAGCAGAGGUCGUGGGUGACGUAGAUCUCCCCGUCGACAUGGAUCUCUCCUUUCUCUGUUUCCUUUUCUUUCAAUUAUUCAGAUCUUACGGUUUUCUAAUAGGUAAAGGGUAUACCCUUCUCUCUUCCUUCUUCCUCCAUAAGCCUUAAGCAAUUUGAAUAAUUUGAAUAGAUUAGUUUUAAUAAUUUGAAUAGAUCUGGAAUUUUCUAUAAUGCAUGUCUGGUAAGCACUAACCAUUCUCCUUUUCUUAUAUGGGAUUUUCUAUAAUGCUGAUAUGGUAAUCUUUUGUUUUGGGUUGGUGAUGUUGGCCGGAGAAAGCUAGGUGGUGGCGGCCCAACGACUUCUUGUCCUAAUCCAGCAGUGAAGGCCCGCCUUGGAUGAGGGUCAUCUCGUGACAACUGGUAGUAGUAUCAGGCUCAAGAAUUGAACAACAACGUGAUAAUGUUGAUGGAGGAUGAGCUUGCUAGUUGUUCAUUGCUAGGAGAAUUUUGUACUCAAAUUGAUACAGAUACCAAUUUUUAAUUUUCACUAUUUUAUCUCUUUCAAAUAGUUUCGUAUUAGUUGUAACUUAGUAUACGAAUAAAUAAAAAACAAAUUUUGUGUUUUCUCUUUUCAAUUCAAUUGUUGUCAUUUAUUGUUACAAAAGAAACAUUUAGGAAAACAUUCAAAAGAUGUUAUUAUUGAGAAGCGACCUAAAAGCUAGAAUAGAAGCACAUUUAUUUGCCUCAAAAGGACACCUAUUAGAUGCAAAUAAUUCUACCUCUAUAGAAUUUUACAGAAUCAAAUACAAUGGACUCAAAAUCAUACAUAUUACCUCUAUAGAAUUUUACAGAAUCAAAUACAAUGGACUCAAAAUCAUACAUAUUUGUCUCUAAAAGUAUUUAACAAGGCACGAGGAUAUGCUCUUAAAAGUAUAAAUGGUAUCAAAUAAAUUUGCCUCAACUUUCAUAAUUAGUAGCAAUUUUUUUUUUCUACAUUUGUCUCUAAAAGGAAUUAGAGAGGGAGGCGUCUGAUGCAAAUAAUCUAUCUGUCUCAAUAGACGUAUAGAAACAAAUAAAUGACUUUUAGAGAUAAAUAACCUUUGUCUCUAAAACCAGAUUUUCUUGUAGUGCUAGUAUAAUUGUAGCAUCUCCUGAACUAGUGUUCCUUUUGUAUUAUGUCUCUUGGUAGUUUUGGUUUGUUAUUAGUAAUUUUUCACUUCUUUAAUGUUAACAUUUAUGUAAUUAGUAACACCGUAGUUGAGAAGAUAAAAAAAUUAUUAUCCAUGGAUAUCUAUAGAUACCCGAAACUUGAUCGGGUAUGUGAUGAUUUUAAUUUCUUAGAUGCUUAUGAGUAUGAAUAAAAUAUACACUAGUUAAAAUAUGAAUUAGUUGAAUCUUUGUAAUUCUUGGGUGGCUGGUUGUACAAUGAUGGUAUGCCAAUAAACCCAUCGAUAAAGUUUUAAGAUCGUAACAAAUUUCAUUGCUAUAGACUUAAUUGAGUAAAAAUCAAGCGAUGUGAAAAUUAUCAUCACUUGUUGAAUGCAGAUUAUUAUUAUUAAUUUAUUAUUCUUUGAAUUAAAAUUAUUAGUUCAUAUAUAAAAGAAUGCAUAUUUUUUGGUUCCAAGUAAUAAUGUACACAAAAUAACAUACUAUUUAGAGAGAAUUAAAUAACAAAAAUUGAUAGAGAUCAUACUAUGUUGAGAUUAAUAUCAACAUAUAUCAGAGCUCGGCACAUUAAAACGACCAAAAAAGUGAAAGGUACAUAAAGAAAAUAUUAUAAAGAAACCUUAUGUUAUUAGUUAAAAAAUGAUACAUAGACAUAUGGUUUAGAUAACACGUGGGUAUUGUGAACUUGAUAAAGUUGGAUGAGUGAGUUUAUCCCCAAAAAUAGAGAAAGAAAGGAAGAGAAUGAAAAUUCAAAACUUGACAACUGAAAACCGGCAUCAGAAGAGUGCGGUGGAACCAUUAAAAAUGCUUGAGAUCCAGUCCUCCUCCUCUGUUGCCUCUUUCUUCGUAAUGAGGGUCUCCAAUUUCAUUGAUCCUUGCCAAACGAUUUCCCCUCACCAUUCUUAUUCCGCAUCCACCUCUCUUCAAUUUCGUUCGACUGCCUCCUGCUUCUCUGCUCCUCUUCUUUUCCGUUGUUCAAUUUAGGGGGAAUUCUGAAUCUAAUCAUCGACAAUGUCAUCAACAGAGAAGGAGAGAGAGGCUCAUGUCUACAUGGCCAAGCUCUCCGAACAGGCAGAGCGCUACGAAGAAAUGGUGGAUUGCAUGAAGAAGGUGGCAAAGUUGGACUGCGAGCUAACGGUGGAGGAGAGGAACCUGCUGUCGGUGGGGUACAAGAAUGUGAUCGGAGCGCGGCGCGCGUCAUGGCGGAUCAUGUCUUCAAUUGAGCAGAAGGAAGAGUCCAAAGGGAACGAGCAAAACGUGAAGCUAAUCAAGUCUUACCGCCAGAAGGUGGAAGAUGAGUUGGCCCAGAUUUGCCAAGAUAUCCUCAACAUCAUCGACAAGCAUCUCAUCCCUUCCUCUGCCUCCGGCGAAGCCACAGUUUUCUACUACAAAAUGAAAGGUGACUAUUUUCGUUAUCUUGCCGAGUUCAAAACCGAAUCGGAGAAAAAGGAAGCAGCUGAUCAAUCACUCAAGGGCUAUGAGGCUGCUUCUGCUACUGCAAGCACAGAGCUACCUUCAACGCACCCAAUCAGGCUUGGCCUUGCACUCAACUUUUCUGUUUUCUACUAUGAAAUCAUGAAUUCUCCUGAAAGGGCCUGCCAUUUGGCCAAGCAAGCUUUUGAUGAAGCAAUUGCUGAGUUGGAUACGUUGAGUGAGGAGUCCUACAAAGACAGUACCCUCAUUAUGCAGUUGUUGAGAGACAAUCUCACUCUCUGGACUUCUGACUUGCCUGAAGAUGGAGGUGAGGAUGGCUUCAAAGGUGAUGAAUCAGGCACCAAACCUACAGAACCAGGAACAGCAGGGAAAUGAAGGAAACAUGCUUGAGAUUUGAGAACCAGAUGGACAAGAGACCAAGCUGAUGGUUGAUAUAUAUAUAUAUGUUUGCUGAAGUAUGCACUGCUCCCCCAAUAUACGAUCUCUAAUAUCGAGUUAGCUUUGAUUCCAAAUACUACCGAUUGAGUCAUAUGAAUAGUUAUAGAAAAAGAAUUAAUACCAGAAUUUUGGCUUUCAGUUUCUUGUGUCAUUUAUCCAUUUUCUUUAUUCCUUUUUGGAAUCCAGAAAGUGAUUAGGUCCCUCCUCACUAAUGGGAUUUGGACCAAAAUCAAUAUAUGAUUCCGACUCUUUUCAUUUGUUUAAUUGUGGUAAUUAAUAAUCCGAAUUUUUUCUCAGAGUACAUUAGUUAUUAAAAUGAUUUCUCAGAAUACACAAGUUAUUAUAGA